UAUCUGCUUCAGACGAAGACUUGUUGGGUCAGCGGAAAAAUGAAGCUCGCAAGCGACGCCAAAUCCUUAUGGGCAGCCACGUGCGGCAACUGCCGCAAGAAUUACAAUAUGCCACCAAACACAGCAAUGAAAUGUCGAAGCUGCCAGGCGGAUACUUACGUUGAAGCAAGGUGUCGGAUUCCAAUGGAAAUUAAAGAUGAAACAGGAACAAUAUACGCAAUAAUCUAUGGGACUGAUGCAGAAAGAAUUAUCCCGUUCAGCGGGAAUGAUUUGUAUGAAGCAGAGAAAAAUGGCCAAAACAUAAAAGGUGAAAUUGAAGCAGUGAUAGAAAAGCACAGCGUUGUCUGUUUCAUCAAGUAUACUGAGUCUGGUUAUCAUACAAUUCUAAAGCUUUAUACCUCUGACCACAUGAACACCGAGAAGAAUAUGCAUGAAGAACAACUCUCCAAAAAAGACACAGCCAGUUCAUCAUCAGCCCAGGUUGUCGAAAAACAACUCUUCACCCCAACACUCAAAAAUGUGCUCCAGUCUGUUGCCAUGAAAAAUGAGAAAGAUCCAACCAUCGGGAGUUCAGAACCACUUGUUAAAAAGCGCAUCAACUUUGAAACCCAACCAAUAGCCUCCUCCUCAAUCACAACUGCCACACCAUCAAAACAAGCUUCACCAAAACCAAGUCAGUUCAAUCUUGAAACACAUAAAGAUCUACCUGCCAGGCCUUCAAAGAAAAGUCGACCCAAAAUGGAUUGACGCCUCGACACCUACAGCUUUUGACUUUUGGCUCGACACAUCAAGCUUUUGACUUUUGAACUAGAAAAACAUGAAGAAUGGAUGCUUCUUUUGUGUACAAAUUUGAAAUUUGCAAGGUUAAAAAAACCUACCUAAAAACUGAUAUUUUGUAGUCAAAUCCUUAACAGAAUUAAAUGCAUCUAUUUACAUAUAGAUGCUUUUCGAUUCUGUAAAAGGAAAAUACUCAAUGUGUUAUGCCCAUGACUAUGCUUUUGUGUAUUGUAUCUUUUGAUCAUCCAAUU